AUGAUAAGUGUUGAUGAGAUCUCCGACUCAUCUGAUAGGGAUACGAUAAGAAAAAAUUUCGCCAGUCUAUCAAAGUUCAAAGGAAAAGGCAAAGCUGUAGACACUGAAAUUGCUUCCACUUCUAGUUUUCAAAACAUUAAUGAAAAUUUAAAUGAUGCUGAAGCAGAUAUGGAUAUAGAUAGUUCAUCAAUAUAUAUCACCACAAAAUAUGACGCUGGUGAAGCAAGCAAACAAGCAGAUAAUACAGAUAAUCCUGUUUCGUGGACUGUCCAGUCAAGGGAUACUUCUUCUCCUUCUGUACCUAAGGCUUCUUACUCAUCUACAACUUCUGUUGAUCCUGAAAUUGUUCUAAAAUCUGUUAAAAAGAGUAAUGAACCACAUGAAUCUUCUAAUGCUACACCCAACCGUAUAAUGGCCGUUAAAACCACUGUAAGAAGUAUUUGGAAACAAGAAUACAUACAGCCAUUAUAUGAUUUAGUCAAUACAACAAACAUUUUAGUAACGCACACAUUUGCUUUUAUUAAAUACAUACUUAUUCAAGAACUGCAAUCGGAUGACGACUUUGAUUUCAAAGAAUUUAUCAAGAAAGAUUUUUUUGUUGAAGUGUUUCUAAGCCUUAUUCAGACUAAAGUCGUAAACUCCUCAAGACUUAAGGAUAUAACCAAAAAAUAUAGACAGAUAAUUCUCAAAUACAAGAAGGAAUAUUGUACAAAUGCUCGAUAUACACCUAUCCCACUUGCAAACGCUCAACAAAUUGCUUUAUAUGAAUUACGCAGUUUUGUGAACAAGUUGUUUAAGAAGGAUGAAAAAGCAAGCAAUCUUCGUGAGAAACUGAAAGCAAAUGGUUAUACUGAGCAAGCCAUCAAAACAGCUAUCCGGAAAGAGGUUUAUCAGCCAUGCAACCAGGUGAAGCAAGCCAUUGCAAAAAAAGAGAUUCCAGAGAGAGGUCUUUUAGAUGCUCAAUCUUUAGAAGAAUUGGCUAUGUUUUACGCAAGUUACACAAAGAACUACUCGUUCCAAAGAAAUUCCGUUUAUUAUGACGUAAAGGCAAGACCAGAGAACCAUUUCAAGGCUUUUUUUAAAUUAGCUGUAAUGUUUGAAGCGAAAAAAAUGAAAAUGUUUACCUGUUUUCCUUUACGCACUACUUUUAUUCCUUGUUAUAUGACAUUGGAUAGCAAAAUAAUCCAUCAUCAUAUUCUCAAAAAAAAGUCGCAACUAAAAGCAGAGAACAAGUUUGACACAUGGGGUGAUGUAGUUAACCUUCAGAACAAGGUUUUCAAGAACCAAGGAUUUGAUAAAUCUAUACGAUUUCAAGGGACCAUCGAAACAGAUGGAGUUGGUAUAUCAGUCAUAAAACAAAAUAUGGAUACCAACAGAAAGACAUCCAAAGCAAAGAAUACAACAAAGGUUACUGUUGAUCAAACAGAGUAUAUAGAGAAGGUUAGCCAAUCAGACUUGAGAAGGACUGAAGGAAACUGUGUUCUUAUAGAUCCUGGAAGACGUGAUCUUAUGUAUUGCCUCAAGGAAACUAAAAAGCUACAGAUUUGGCCAUUCCGUAAACUAAAGUUUUCUAGCAAACUGUACUUUGACAAAAAUGAUGCUCAAUUAGUUAGAAAACUGAAAAACAAGUUUGGAUCCAAUACAACGCUGAUACUUGGAAAUUGGUCAGCACCAAACGUCAAGUUUCAAGAGCCAACUAGGAAUAAAGGGUUAAUUGAUAUGUUAAAGAAGAACGUAUUUAAACUAUAUUUAAUUGACGAAUACAAGACGUCUUCUUUUUGUCCUACAUGCGAAAGUCCUUUGGAAAAGUUCAAAACCAUAGUGAAUCCAAGACCAUAUCAAAGACGAAAAAUGCCGACCAUUACAUGUCAUGGAUUACUUCGGUGUAAGAACAUUGCUUGCUACAGAAAAAUGGAGAAUACAUCUGGUAUUGUUGCAAGAAGAAUGUGGAAUCGUGAUUUGGCUGCGGCUUUAAACUUUAAAAAAAUACUGAACCAUUUGAGGGAAACUGGAAAACGACCCGCUUUGUUUAGUCGAGAAAAAGCAGAAAGAAAAUAAUUUUCCACUAAAGUUAUCGCUUUAGUUAUUUAAUGCAGUGUCAAAACUGUAUAUGGUUGUGAGAAUAAAAGGUCGUUGGUUCAAUAAAAAAAAAACGCUGUUGACUUCUUGAUUUGGCUUUCACA